AUGCUCUCGGAGAUUAAUCAUGCGGUCCAACAUGAACCUCCAAUCCAAGCCAUGGACACUGAUGCAGACGCAGGAGAUGACGCGCAUUUAUCAAGUGGUGAGGAUCAACACGAACAUGUUACAACGAGUUCGGGACAAGUUCAAUGUUUGGUCUGCAGUAGUACAUUUCGUCGGCCGGAACAUCUGAAGCGCCAUUUGCGCAGUCAUACCAAAGAGAAGCCAUUCGAAUGCGUUCAGUGUGGUCGACACUUCUCGAGAACAGAUACCCUACACCGUCACGAACUCAGUCACCACACUCCCGGCAUAGAAGGUGGUAAGGAUCGGACACAUCGAAUUACCGUUAAGACGUUUCGCGCGUGCUUCAGCUGCGCUACCGCUAGAGUCAGAUGCAGUGGAGGAAUGCCUUGUGACCGAUGCGAUUCCCGAACCCUCGAGUGUCAGUAUCCUACAGAGAGGCGCUCAAAAGCGAGACCUCGCAACGGGACACGCCCAUCAUCUGGUGCAGAUGCCCAUGAAUCAGAUCCUCAGUCUCCUUUACUCUCUCCACAAGGCAGAAGAAAUCAUUCCAAAUCUUCAAAAGGAGAGAAAGUACCCUACCAGCUUGCUCAGUUCUCAGUUAACAACUUGAACGACCCACAACCGUCUCCAGCACCCUCGGCUGAUACAUUUCCAACUGGCAGGGGGUCUGUAUCGGGACCUCCUGAUCCUCAAUCAUAUCUAGCCGCCUCUGACCCCGACAUAAAUGCAACAACCUUGCCGAUAGCAGCCUAUCGACAUAUUCAUCAACAAUACCAUGGGAUAAACAAUGAUAUCCCCAAGAUGUUUUCGGAUGAGGCGAAUGCUGCCCUUGGCCCUGAACUGAGAAAUCUUCAGCCAAACCCUCAAAAUACGGACGUGGAUAUGGCAAUGGAUAUGGUGGAAAACCCAACAAGUAUGGGAUUAGACUUUGACACUUCAAUCUUCGAUCAAUCAAUGCUCUCUACGGUCAACUGGCUGCCCAAUGAGUACUUUGCCGAUCCUGCCAGUGACCAGGGUCAAUCCUCUGGAGGCCCGUCUCAAUUUUCACAGCCCUUUCCGGACAAUUAUACGAAUCGCAUGAGUUGGCAUCCACCUGUGAUCCAUGCUAACUCCAUGGGAAUUUCAGCGCCUGAUAAUUUCCCCCAAACACCAUCAGGUAAUAUAUCUAUGGGCACAGAUAUGGGUAGCCCUCGUCGAUACUCGCAUGUGCAUAGCGAAGCUUCCCCUCUUUCUGGAUCCGUGGACUCAACCAAGCGUUCGGCUGAUUAUUACGUUGAUGGUGGCGGUGCCCGUCUUCCAAAGUACAGAAAGAAACAGACAGUGUGGUCAACCUCAUCAAUUGACCUGGCUUCCACAAAUGGAUCACACCGUGAAUCUAACUCGCGUCGAUUUGACUUCCCCAGUACACAUGAGAUAAUCAUGGAGGAUCCUCCUGAUGAAGCGUCUUAUUCAGUACCGUUGAUUGAUUCAACCACUUACAACGAAAUUUAUCGCAAUUUUCUUCUACUCUGCCGCACCGAGAAUCCAUUUUUCGAAACCUUCAAUGAACUACAUUCAUCUUCCCAUCCGCCUGAUUCUUCACAAGCAUUGCCAUAUCCGGAAAACGAAUCUUUAUAUGAUGCCGUGCAUAUCCUUUUCAUCGAAAAGCGACUAGUUUCCGGGAUUGGGGAGUUCAGUCACAUACUUUUGAUUCAUGCUCUAUACCACCGCAUGUGGGAAGUAAGCGAUUACUUCCGUCGCCCUCUUUCAUUUUGGAACCCCACGGCGAAAAAGCAGUCUCGUGAGGUUGCUAUCCCAGCCGGCUCAGUGUGGCUUCCAGGAAUCCCAUCGUAUUCCAAAUGGCGCAACAGUGCAUGCGAUUGCUUGGAUAUCCUUCACUGGACAGCCAACAGUACGAUCGCCAAAGCUGCCGGAUUAGAGCACCCUACCGUUCUUCACCUUCAUAUGGCGCGCUUGAUUUUACUAGCUCCGUUUCGAGAGAUCCGCUCGCUCGCCACUUCGUUAGCAGCCGGCAAAAUACAAUGGAGCAAGCGGCUACACGCUGUGGAAUGGCAGUAUAUUUGGCGAUGGGUUCGUCAUGAUCAAUAUAAGGCGCGCCUAUCAAUUAUCCAUGCUGGUGUUACUCUUUGGCACGUCCGAAGGUACUCAACAAGUGCAUUUCAUGAACCAGCGGCCGUAUACCUCGCUGUUAUAACUUUAUGGGCAUAUGGGUCCUGUCACAGCCAUGGAUCUGAGGUCGUAAAUUCCGAGCCCCAGAGCUCUGGUGUAGACCGCUCACAAGAACCUAGCUUUAUUCAUUUGGACCGCCCGUGUGAUGAUGAGUUGGUCCAACUUUUUGUGCGAGAAGGCAAUUCGAUGAGAGGGAAUGUCACUGGCGUGGGAGACAUAUGUGCCCCAGAUGGCCCUGAGAGAGUACUUCGAAUUGGCUGUGAGACACUGGCUAAUUUGACAGCAUGGGGGAUUUCAAAAGGGUUUAUCGCGACUUUAAGUCGCUUGGCUGAAUUAGUCUCACGGAACUUGGAUGGGGAGCAGGUUCGUAGCGACAGAGUGGAUACUGACUGA